CUGUUUCUAAACGCUCAUUGGUAGUGCAAGACGUUCUUCGUUCAGCUAUGGCGAUGUCAGCUUCCCCAAUCGUCGACCACAAGUCUGGGCGGCCGCUCACAAAGGCAACCAUAUUGAUUUUGAAGAGCAAGAUGAAGAUAUAAAUGUGCCCUUUCUCGCGCUCAUCGUCUGUCGUUCAAACUGCUUGAUCGUAUAGAUACGACAUCCAGAAAUAAAUACUUCAACUCAUACCAACUUGCUUUCCCCAAAUCAUUUUCAACAGCUGUAUCAUCAUGGCACCUCGUUGUCACGCUGAGCAUCCGUGCCUAGUGCCCCCUCACCCAGAUCUCAUUGCACGCACCAAGGCCGAAGCGUCUCUGAAGGUUCAGGGUGUUGGAAAUGAUGCUUCUUUCCGAGCCCAGACUCGGAAGUUCAUCGCCGGAGAACGCAGGUUCCCUGGUCAGAACGAUGGAACCAUCUUCCCCAAAACCCAUUACAAGACGCCGACUUCAGUCAUGGCCAUGAGCCAAGCUGCCGCCGAUCGUGCCCCGCUCCGGGGUGCCCUCAAGUACGUGCAAGAAAGAAUUCCGUGGGAAGUGAUGCUAAUGUCCUACACAGGGUUGCCAUCGUCCUAGCCGAGUUCUCGGACGUCAAGAUGGCGGCGGGCACCAAGCAGCGCUUCCAGGACUUGUUCUUUUCCAAGGGAAAGGUUCCCACCGGAUCUGUCACUGAGUACUUCUCGGAGGUCUCCAAUGGCAAGAUCUCCUUGACAGGAGAGGUCGUUGGUCCUUUCACCCUCAGCAAACCAAUGUC